GAGUCGGGCACUUUGUCUGCUUAGUCACCCGGCGACAGAAGAGAGCUGGUUGGAAAAGACGCUGUGUAACGCAGGCUAAACAUGAGUGAGAGAGGUAGAGAGUGAAUGAGGGAGAGAGAAAAAAGAAAGCGAGUAAAAGAAAAAAAUAAAUUUCUUUUCCUGCUUAUGAACAUUGAUUAUGAAAACAGACUAAAAAACACGGAGGAUGCCGUAGGACCCUCUCAGAGUGACCCGGGUCUAAAGACCCUGUCUCUGGUGAACCUGUGAAGUCCAUCGACUGUCAUGAGCCGCCACAUUCACACCUCACAUACCCAGCUGGUGGCGCUCUGGCUGGCCUGCGUGGGCUGGACGCUCACCACCGCCACCAUGGGCCUCAUCCAGUGGCGGGUUUGGUACGUAGCCGAUAAGAGUGUCAUCAGCUCGGGCGUGGCGUGGGUCGGCAUCUGGAGGGCCUGCUUCAACAGCCACACCCUGGUGACCCCGGAACUCAGGGUCAUGUUCUGCCGGGGCAUGGGAAUAGCGCAGGACUUCACACCGCCAGAGGUUGCGGUGGCUCAGGUUCUCCUGCCGCUGUCUAUUCUGGUGGGUUUUGGCGGGAUCGCCGGCGGUGUGUACGCCCUAAGGAAUGUGUACUUUGGGUUGGAGACGAGCACACCCAUCCGCCUGGUGUUUCGCAUGGCUGGCAGCCUUUGCCUACUGGCCACCGUGAUGUCCCUCACGCCCCUUCUGUGGAACCUGAGCUCUGUGGCAACCAAUCAGACCAUCCACUUCCCACCCGACUUCCACCUGCCGCCAGCACCCGUCUCACAGCAGGUGGGCGCGGCCAUCAGCGUGGGGAUCAUAGCCGCCAUCCUGAUGACCACCGCGGGAAUAAUGCUGUUGUCCUACCGGCUUCCUGCCAGAACAGACCGAGCCCGCUGGAAGGAGCGAAGGAGCGUGGACGGGUCGGCAUCUGCGACAAUGGAAGUGAGCAUCCGGGGCAAAGACAACCUGGCGUUUGAAUUUCAGGAACAUCUCUGAGCCGUUUACCAUGUUGAAGGGGGACAUGACACAUGGAUCUGAAUGUUUACCGGACGUUGAUAUGAAGUAUUUAAACAAACCAGGCGGCUGAUGGCAGAUUACAGCAAGGGAGAAAUUAGAUUUUGGAAAAAUGAAAUCAGUCAAUCAACUUCAAAAAUCUUUCCCAGAACAAAAUCAUGAAAAGCAUUGAAGAUUCAGAUGAGGACAACAGAAAAAUGUUGACCGUUGAAGUCAACAUUUGUUCUUUAGACAAAAUAAAAUCACCUUAAGAGUCUGGAUUUGUAUUUAAGAUAUGCUGAGUUAUGAAUAGCA